AGGUUUGAGUGGGUGGAACUUCUUGAACCAUCUUCACAAAAAGUCAUUUUUGCUAACCUUGAAUCUGGAGAGAUUCUUGUUGGCGGUAAUUUUAUAGUUGAUGUUCAUUGCUUAAAACCACUUGCAAACGAACAAUGGUGGGAAUUGUUUGAUGUGAACACUCAACGACACUACUACCACAACGUGCGUACAGGCAGAACCGAGUGGAAUAGGCCGUCUACUGGGGAUGUGAUUCCCUUGUCUAACUUGCAAGUGCGUUCCUUAGCUUUUACUAGUUCUGCUUCGCUACACUUCUUCGAUUCGAAAAUUGAUGGUUUUGACACCUGGUGUGUUUUUUCUUGA